GUGGGGUCAACAAAAGCAUAACAUCUAGGGAGGAGCUAGUAAUCCAGGUUCCUGUGGUAGAUGUGCAAAGCGACAACUUCAAGGAGAUGUGGCCAUCCGUCCUGCUGGCCAUAAAGACAGCUAGCUUCGUGGCUGUGGACACGGAGCUGAGUGGACUUGGGGACAGGAAGAGUUUGCUGAACCAGUGUAUCGAGGAACGUUACAAGGCUGUGUGUCAUGCUGCCACGACUCGUUCUGUCCUGUCCCUGGGCCUUGCCUGCUUCAAGCAGCAACCAGAUAAGGGCAAAUACUCAUACCUGGCUCAGGUGUUCAAUCUCACUCUGCUGUGCAUGGAGGAGUACAUUAUAGAACCAAAGUCUGUGCAGUUCCUGGUUCAGCAUGGCUUCAACUUCAACCGGCAGUAUGCCCAAGGCAUCCCCUACCAUAAGGGCAAUGACAGGGGUGAUGAGAGCCAGAGCCAGUCAGUGCGGACAUUGUUCCUGGAGCUAAUCCGGGCCCGUCGGCCCCUGGUGCUGCAUAAUGGCCUUAUAGACUUGGUGUUCCUGUACCAGAACUUCUAUGCACACCUGCCUGAGAGCCUGGGAACCUUCACUGCUGACCUGUGUGAGAUGUUCCCAGCAGGCAUUUAUGACACCAAAUAUGCUGCAGAGUUUCAUGCCCGCUUUGUGGCCUCCUACUUAGAAUAUGCUUUCCGGAAAUGUGAGCGGGAAAACGGGAAGCAGCAGGCAGCUGGCAGCCCACACCUUACCCUGGAGUUCUGCAGCUAUCCUUCUAGUAUGAGGGCCCAUAUUGACUACCGCUGCUGCAUGUCCCCUGCAACCCACCGUCCUCAUCCCACCAGCAUCUGUGACAACUUCUCUGCCUAUGGCUGGUGCCCUUUAGGACCUCAGUGUCCUCAGUCCCACAAUAUUGACCUUAUCAUUGACACUGAUGAGGCUGUGGCAGAAGACAAGAGGCGACGGCGACGACGUAAAGAAAAACGUAGGAGGGCUUUGUUCAACCUGCCUCGGACACAGACGUCUGGGGAAGCUGAGGAUGGUCCUCCCACAAAGCAGGUCUGUGGGGAUGGCCUCAAGACUGAGGAAAUUGAGCAAAAAGUGACAGAGGAUGAAACUAAGGACAAGCCUGGCUCUGAGCAAGAUCACAGAAAUGAUUUGGAGAUGGAGCUUAUGACAACAAGGCCUGGAACAGUUGACAUGGCUACAUCAGAAAUGCCAGGAAGUAAAGCCAGUCUUAACCCAGUGCCUGGGGAUGGACUGCAUCGGGCUGGUUUUGAUGCCUUUAUGACAGGUUAUGUGAUGGCCUAUGUGGGAGUGAGCCAGGGAACCCAGUCCUGCAGCUCUGGACCCUGGUUACCUGAAUGUCACAACAAGGUAUAUCUGAGUGGCAAAGCUGUACCCCUCACAGUGGCCAAGAGCCAGUUCUCCCGUUCCUCCAAAGCACACAACCAGAAGAUGAAGCUGGCUUGGGGUAGCAGCUGACCCAACUUCUACCUGGCACUUGGCCCAGGAAGAGAAACUGAGGGUAAGAACAUAGUUGGGUUCCUGUAGCUUGUGAAUGUCUCAGCUAGUGGAAGGGUGGGGUCCUGGCAGUAAAUACUACCACACUGCUCCUGGAACUUUUCUUUUCCCCCAGAGGUGGAGGUAGAAGUAUACAAAUAAGAAGGCUGACCAGUACCUGCAAUAUCAACUUUAUUUAUAUUUAAAUCUGAAAGUAUCUUGGGAAAGUUUUACAAAAAAAUCAACAGAAACAAGUUAUGAAAAUAUUUGA